AUGGUUGCCAAGAAAGAUGUUCAUAUGCCCAAACACCCAAAGCUGGCAGACAAGAAUGUGCCCAACCUUCAAGUUAGGAAGGCCAUGAAGUCUCUCAAGUCUCAAGGCUACAUGAAGGAACAGUUUGCCUGGAGACGUUUCUAUUGGUACCUUACGAAUGAGGUCAUCCACUGUCUCCGAGGUUUCCUCCAGCCAUCUCUAGAGAUCACGCUGGCCACUCUGCACUGCAGCCAUCCUGAGACUAGCAGGCCUUGGCCCAAAGGUCCAGAGGGUGAAUCACCAGCAAGAUUCACAGAGACACCUACUGAAAGAGUGCUGUGGCCCCCUGCUGCUGACAAGAAAGCCAAGGCUGGGGCUCCAGUUUAG